UUUUGUACCUGUGUUCUCUAUAGAUUUUUCCUUUACAUUUACGAUCAUUCGUGUUGAAAUCUAAAUAAAAAAUCUAACAUGGGCGUGGAUGUAGAAUCAAUUUCUCCAGGUGACGGAUCAACAUUCCCAAAAACCGGCCAAACAGUGGUUGUACAUUACACAGGAACCUUAGAAAAUGGAGUUAAAUUCGAUUCAUCUCGUGAUCGAGGUGUACCCUUUAGAUUUCAUAUAGGUAAAGGUGAAGUGAUCAAAGGAUGGGACCAAGGUGUUGCUCAAAUGUCCGUGGGACAACGAGCAAAAUUGACUUGUUCGCCAGAUUUUGCGUACGGAUCACGAGGACAUCCGGGCAUUAUUCCACCAAAUGCAACUCUUAUUUUUGAUGUUGAACUAUUGAGAGUUGAAUAAGAAAAAAAAUCAGCUUCAAAUUUCAUUUUUUUUCAGUUCUUUGUAAUUUUUAUGUGCUGUUAUUUAAUGUUAUUUCCAAUUCGUUUGUCUCAAACUAAGAAGACAUUGUUUAAUGUUUUGCCCCUUUUUUUCAGAAGUUUCAGGUUUGCUAUAUCAUCCUUUUGGGUGAUAUACGGACCUAGUACUUAAAAAAAAGGUAUUUCUUGAGAAAUUUUGUAUUGAGUUUUUUUUUUUUAAUUCAUAAAAUAGCACAAAGCAUCCUCAAUCAUCAUAAUUGCAAACACGAUUUUUUUCUGGUAUUCAAAUUAUUUGUAAUAAAACUCAAAGUGUAAGCCUUU